AUGUUGGGCGCAUACAUAUGUCGACAAUGUCGGACACGUCUUUUCCGAAACGUCGGUCUCGUUCGUAAUCCUCAAUGGCAAUCUCGAACCAUAUUUACCUCGCUGCGCCCGCGACCGAAUAUAAAGCUAGAUGAAGGGAAGGCAGAGUCUACGGUUCAGGAAGAGCCACCCCCUGCACAAGAAACAGUACAGGGCGGAUCGAGCACGCGAGUGACAUUACAAAGGCAGCGACCGCUUGUGCGGAAAACAACAGAAGAUGAGCCAGACAUACAGUACUCACAACGAAGGAGCCAGCGGGUACGGCUCAGCCGUUACUCGGGUUUAUUGGACGACAGUACAGCGGCCGAUUCUUUAUACGAGGACUACGGGCAAGAAGACACAUACCAGGAAACAGGACAAACAGAGGCAUCAAGUGACAAACUGACUUAUGCUGCUCCAAUCCGCGAAGCUCUUGAGGACAGCCAUGUCCAGGGAGCCUGGGAUUUGUUCGAGAAGACGUACACAGAGAAAGGAUGCAAAGCCCUGACUGAGCCAACCUAUCCUGGAGAAUUGUUGAAACAAGAGUUUGUUUUCAGCCGUCUUCUCGGAGCUGUUACGGGAGCGCUUUGCUCAGGCAGGAAAAGUGUGCAGGUCACCCCGACUCAGGUGCUAUUCAAAUACCAGCAACUUGGUGUUGUUCGCCCAGAGUACUGGGUCAAGCCAACACUAGCCCGUCUGACACAUGAGGUAAUUCGGGCUUCGGGAACCUCUCAACAAAACUUGCCAUUGUUGCUUGACGAGUUAGUUUCUUUAUGGCGACUAUUCUUCCAAUGUAUGAGAUCAGAGAGCGAUGUACUUGAGGCCAUCAGCGACGACUGGUCUCUGCCACCUCUCGAGGAAAUGCCCGACGUGUAUGACGUUAGCGAUUUUAACAUGCGUUUGCAAAGGUAUAUUCCCAAAUAUGUCAAUAGACCCGGAUUAGGCUUUUGUGCUGUGUACCUGUACAGCAUUUCGGACGCUCUGGAGCCAACUAUCCAACAAAAGGCAGCGCCCUUUUUACGAUUUCUCGAAAGGAUACUUGCUAAGUCGCGUGUGGACACCGUAUUCAUACACACCCAAAAGGCAGAGCAGUUCAAAGAAUUGCCAGCCAAUCUUCGACAGGAAGUAAGAGCAAGGAUUGAGGCAGCACCCCGAAAGGCCAUGGUAGCCCUUGGAAAAGAGGGUGAAAGCCCCGACGAGUUGACCAACCUAGAAGCAUUCCACAUGAAGAGCAUAGCCCGUGUCGUUCAAACCAUGACAUCGGUCACGAAGUUAGACCGCAUCUGGGCAGAGGCCCAAGAAACAUAUCUUAGCGAAAACAAGACAUCGAUUCCCCGCUCAGUAUACAAUAGCUUCCUUUCCGGUUACUUGACUCUUCUCAAUUCACAACGUGCAGUAGAAGUGUGGAAUCACAUGAUGGCACAUGGCGUCAAGCCAGACAUACAGUCGUGGGUUGCUCUUCUGAAUGGGUGCGCCAAAGCAAAGGACCUCAAUGGAUUCAAUGCCAUGUGGCAAAGGAUGAUGAAUAGCGGUAUUGAGCCAGAAAACUAUGCGUGGACGACGCGGGUCAACGGUCUAAUGUCGCUGCGACAAAUUGACAAAGCGCUGGCUGCGCUGGAUGAGAUGGGCAAACGCUGGCUCGCAGCAGAAUAUGCCACGAACAACACAAAGGCACAGGGCAAGGGUCAAAAAGGCGCCAACAGGAGUCCCGGCAAGGCUGUGAACAAGUGCACAAAACCUUCUAUUGAAGUUGUCAAUGGAGCGAUAUCGGCCAUUGUACAGAUACGUCCCGAAUCAAUGCGCCACGAGAAACGUGUAGCAUACGUACAGAAGAUUCUCGGAUGGGCGGCAAAUUUCCAGAUCAAGCCUAACGCCAUCACAUACAACAGUUUGAUACGACUGUACCUGCUGGCCAAGGACACACGGACCGCUUUAAGACUUUUAUCGCAGAUGGAGAAGGAAGGGAUUGAGGGUGACAUUGCAACGCACACAAUGCUUAUGAGCGCCGCUUUUGAGAACCAAGUGUUUGACGGACAGACUGAGCAGGAGCAAAUGGAAAAAGUGCUGGCAAUUUUGAACGACUUGGAAAGCAGCGGGUUGACGCUGAACGACCACGUCUACUCGACAGCCAUUGACCGGCUGCUCAAAGGAUACGCCAACUACACAGCUGUGCGCGCCGUCAUGGAGCAUAUGACGCAGCGGAAUUUGACACCCUCAGCCCACGUGUACACGUCGCUGGUAACGCACUAUUUCCAAUCUGAGCCGGCGAAUCUGGCCGAGGUGGACAGCAUCGUCAACCUGCUCUUCACGGCACCACGCAUGCCAAGCGACCGCAUCCUCUACGACCGUCUGGUAGAAGGAUAUGCGCUGCAUGGCGAUGUAGGCAAGAUGAUGAGCGUGCUGACACGCAUGUCGAAGCAAGGGCUGCUCCCCGGGUGGGGUGCGCUGAUCGCAGUGGUGCGAGCCUUGGUGCAAGAGGGCGACUACGAGCGUGCGCGUGACGUGGUUCGCGACGUUGCCAAAGGCGAGGGCGUGGCGAGAAGCGGUAUCCUGGGAGACAGGAAUAUGGAAAGUACCUUUCGCAACAUGGUGAGUAGACUGGGGCUUGGCGAGGAGCGGAUGGGCGAUUUCUUGGCAAGUGCGAAACAGAGGAAUAGUGGCAGUGUUGUGCAUCACUUUGUGGAGAGGGAUGGUCUCGACUCUUCUUCGUCUGUACAGCAGGCGCAGCAGCAACAGCAACAGCAUGUGUCAGACGAGGGAGCGGUCGAGGAAGAUGUGCAUGGUUUCUUGUCCAAGGAACGAGAGCCUGAGCCACGGGAUCAGCGUCCUUGA